AUGAUGUGCGCGUGCGCGUCGAGCGCGGCGGUGCGAGAGGCGGCGACGGGGGCGAGCGAUGAAGAAAAAUUCCACGACGCGCGCGAGGCGUUCGCGAGCGACGACGAGGGGUCGCCGACGCCGCGGUGGCGUCGAUCGCGCGCGGGGUCCGAGGCGCGCGGCGCCGUGUGUACGAGCGCCGAUGUGGAUGGUGGAGCGACGACGCGGGCGCUCACGGGGGCGCAACCGCGUGAGGAUUGGGAGGAGAGAGACGCAGACGUCCACGGCGAGCUCGAGCGGGCGUCGAGGGAGAUGGAGAUGGAAUCGAGGGGGUCGGUGAUGGCGCGCGCCCGGGCGUUCGCGAAGGCGUCGGCGCGCUUGGCGAAGACGAUGCUCGGCGGACGCAGCGUGGAUUUGACGUCGUUUCUCGGGACGCCGAUUCGAUGGUGCGCCCGGAUGUCAGUGUUACAGAUCACGACGGACGCCGAGAGCUCGCUCGGGAAGGACGUGGUGCCGCGGACGGUUCGGUUCUUGGAGACGCUGCGUUCGGCGAGAGAGGCGACGUCGGCUCGAGAGCGCGCGUGCCGCGUCGCGCUCGCGAUUCUGGCCGACGGUGAACCGCCGGCGUCGUUAAGAAAACCGUUGAAUCCGAUUUUAGGGGAGACCACGUCGCAUUCGGUGGAGUUUCCGCGGACGAACGAGAGGUUCGAGUCUACGUGGGAGCAGGUGUCGCACCAUCCGCCGAAUUCAGCCUCCUCGCAGACGGGCCCGGGCGUGCGAAUCGUCAGCGAGGUUCGACCGUCGCCGCGUCUCGUCGGCGCGCAUAUCGACGUCGAGCUCGUCGGGUACAUCGAAAUUACGCUCACGGAGCGCAAUGAGACGUACGUGAGCGACAUACCGUCGUUCGAAUGGCGAUUUCUUCCGAGGUGGCACGCGCGAAUGAAGAGAAAAGUAAAGUCGCAGAUUCGAUGCGAAGCGUCGGGGUAUCGCGUCGAAUUCUCCUACGGGUCGUCGCGCUCGGUGAAGGGCCUCGUGUACGGACCCGACGGCGCGAUCGAGGCGACGAUCAAUGGGCGGUACGAUGGGAAAAUCGUCGCCGAAUCGAAGCGUGACCGCUCCGUCAUCGCCGCGUACGAUUUCGCUCAAACGAAAUCGAUUCGAGCGCACGUCGUCCGCCACACUCACCUGGAAGAUGAGUUCGACACCGAGGUCGUGUGGCGCGAUUGCUUCGCCGCAAUGGACGCAAAUAAGUGGGACGAUGCGAGAGCGGCGAAGCGUUCGGUGGAGGAACGCGAGCGCGCGAAGCGACGAGAGCGAAAGGCGAGUGGACAAAAAUUUACUCCGCGCUUCUUUGAUUACGACGCGCGCGUCGGGCGAUGGGUUCGCAACUCGCGCGCGCGAACGACGUGA